GGCGACAUCGCCGCAAGGACACCUGUUGAGAACAUCUACUUCUCAGCGCAGCGCACCUGUUACUUACAUUAGCUUCUAGAACAACUUGUUCAAGGAGAACCAAAGAGCUUUUAAACUUCAAGAAAUAUUUCAAGUCACAAAAGUACAGGAAUGGACAAUAUCAGCAGACUGAUGUUCGCAGUUGUCAUGGCAAUGGCUUACAUGGCGAUGGGAGCCGAGGCACAGAACACCACAAUGGCUCCGAACUCCACAAUGGCAUCCAAUGUAACAACGGCACCUGUUGUCAACACCACCGCCACAGCUCCCACAGUAGAGAUCUCAAGGACAGAAUGUGGAAAGUCCCAGCUCUGUGCUGCUGAGCCGUCAGACUGUAAUCCGGCCGUGGCUGGUUCCUGUUUCUUCGUCUCCACCCAGCAGUCCUCGGAACAGAAUAUCUCCUUCCAGCUACGAGGAGUGUCCAGCGGCUACAUCGCUGUAGGCUUGUCCACAGACAACAAACAGGGAGGGAAUGACACCACCUAUGUGUGUGCAAACAACAACGGCAAAGUGAAGUUCUUCACCGCUCUCCUCGACAACACAGUUCUGACCAUCAUCAGCACACUGCCUGUGAACUCUGUGAAGGGCUCAGUCAACGGUCAGAUCAUCCAGUGCACCUUCUCUGCUACUGUCCCCAAAGCUACGGCCACCCGGAGCAUCGACACCAGCUUCUACCUCUUCAUCUCCAAUGGGACUUUUAGUAGCGAUACCCUAGGUUCUCCUAAGAAUUUUCUGUUCAGUAAAGAAGCUGUGGACCUGGUCGACCCCAACGCUAAAGUGACCAACUCUUUAAACUCUGCUCCCUCCGGCCACGCCUUCGGCCUGUCUCAAGCUCUUCUGAUCCUGCUAGGUGUGAUGAUGCUGUAAUGCAGGUCUGAAGGUGAAGCACCAUGCACUCAGGAAUCCUGUCUCCUUAUCUUUACUCACCUUGGCCAGGCUGCAUCCUAAAUGGAACCCUAUUCCCUAAAUACUACUGUACUUUCACUAUGUAGGGAAUAGGGUGCCAUUUUGGAGUCACUCUGGUACCAGAACAAAGGACCAUGACAGAUCUGAAGUUAUAUGCUUAUAAAUCCAGUCAUAUUUUUUUAUAUACUUAAUGAAACACCUUCUAGUUGGGGGUAGUAAGACAUUAACGAACAGAAUGGACACAGUGAUUCAAGGCCAAGUACUAACAUAUUGUGUUGAUAGACAAUGGUGAUAAUAGGCCAAGUACUAACAUAUUCAACGUCAAUUCCACGUUCAACCAGUGUGUGCCCAGUGGGCCAUAGAUGAAGUCACAAGGGCUGCGUUUAGACAGGCAGACAAUUUCUGAU